GGUAGUGAAGCGGUUGGUUGUGGGACAUAAACAACAGCCUUGGUACUGUAUCCUGAGUAUAUGCGCUAACCGGGUUAACUGAUCUUAUUAAAUGAGAGACUGCCUGGCGUCCGGAAAACUAGUACGAUUUUUUGUUGCAACAUAUCCGGCACAAGGUCAGACAUGAGGCUCUGCUCACCUCUUCUGCUCUGCCUGGCAGCAACCCUGUCCUCUGCCUUUGUGAUUUCAUCCCCACACAUGUGGACCAAACUGAUCCUGACCCACCAUUGGCCUAGCACCUUCUGCGUUAUGGAACAUUGUCAUCCCAACAUUAGCUACUGGACACUACAUGGACUGUGGCCAGAUAAAGGGAUUGAUUGCAACUCUUCAUGGCAUUUCAACUCUUCUCAAAUAGAGGACCUGCUUCCUGACAUGGAGAAAAGUUGGCCUGACUUGCUUCACCCCGCCUCUACUGGCUUCUGGAAGUACGAGUGGCACAAACACGGUACAUGUGCAGCCAGAGCGCCAUCUCUGAAUAGUCAACAUAAAUACUUCAGCAAGGCUCUGGAACUGUACCACAAAGUGGAUAUGGAUGGCAUCCUGAGGAAGUUUGACAUCAUCCCUUCAGAAAAAUACUACACAUUUUCACAAAUUGAAGGUGUCAUAGAGAACUUCUACGGAGUUAAACCAAAGAUCCAAUGUAUCCACCCAUCAAAGAAUGCUGAUGCCCAGAUCUUGGGGCAGAUUGAGAUCUGUUUCAACCCUGACUUCACCCUCCUGGACUGUGAGAAACAGGGAAACUGGGACAAGCUCAUGGCUGUUGACAAGGCAUCUGGGUUCAGUGUGUGUGACCAUGAUAAGCCAGUUUACUACCCACCUCUUUCAUGAAACACAAACGUGCAAACUGAAAUGCAGCAGCUCACUACAACCAUACAUUUACACACUUUUACACAAAGACAGAAAAUAAAUGCUUUCUUUGUUUACCAGCCAACUGUACUGUAAUUUAGGAUACACACACACACACACACACCUACUAACUAUAAUUGUAUUUUUCUCAGGCUUCACAUAAGCUAUGACCACAGCUUUAAUGAUAAUGUAUGUCAAAAAUAGCCUCACGCAAUCAGUGUAGAAUGAAAACAUCCAACUUCAUGAAAAUGCUGGCUGGGACUAGUACUUGAAAAUAAUCACCUUUAAGUGCAUUGUUCUUUUUAUAUCCUACAAAAACCAGGACACACAGACACACACUCCACUACUACGUAGCGCUUUAAUGGCAUUAUGUCCCUUCCUGGCUGUACUAGUAGAUGAGUCCAACAGUGCACAGCAUGUUUUUCCAGGACACAACAAGAGACAAGAGCCUAGGUAUUUGUAUUUCUACAGGUGACUCUAAACUUAAUUUUUUCAUGAUUUUGUAGGUGUCAAACCGCAGUGCAUGUGUUGUGACUCUGCUGGCUGUAUUUGUACCAGAUUUGUGUGCUUAUGUGCCACCUAUUGAUUGCCAUCUUUUUCUCCUGGGGGUUGAUUGGAUUUUAGUUGUUACAUAAAUGCUUUUCAGCAUUAUAACUAAAUUAAUCCAAUGCAUCAAAAAAGAAAGUGUUCUAAUAUUGGGUAAGGUACAUAUUUUUGAGGGCUUUUAGGGAAAUGACCAUCAUUUUUAAACCCUCACUGCUGCUUUGUAACAACAUCUACAUCUUUUAGGCAUUAUAAACUAGAGGUAGUUAUCAUUAGCUACCCUGUGAUGUUUGCCAAGUACAUAAGACAUUAGUCAGUGUUGUGCUAUUGGCCUGGUUAGGUCUGUGUUGCUGAAAGAUACUGUUAUCACAUUUGUUAGCUUAAAACUAUAUUACUUUCUUUAUUUGCUUUCUAGUCUAAAAAUAGUCUUUUUAGACUAGAAAGUAAAUAUAUGGGGUAUAGAAUGAAAGCUACACUUUCUUUAUGACCCAUGGUUGCACAUAGGUUCCACGCUGAGGAUGUAGCAAAUGUUUUGGUAAACACUAUUUAAUCUCCCCACAGAUUUGUACAAUGGCUUUUUCUGUUAGUGCUGUUUGGUUUUUACUAUUUUUUUUGUAAAAUGAUUUUUGUAAUCACAGCUACAGUGGACAAAUGCUGUGGUUUUAAAUUACUGAGAUGGACAUUUGUACUUAAUGUCAAUAAAACAUUCAAUAUCUAGUCAGUCUA